UAUCAUUUUAGCUCCGUCUACAGUUCGUGACUGACCGAAAAACGAGUCGCAUUGGAGCUACACCUAAAAACAAAGCUUACGCACACAAUUCUGUGGGAGCUGUGACGUUGGCGUUCUGCGGUUGAGCAGUGCUAUCUGUGGUAGAAGCGGUGUUUCAUGUUUGGAAGCGUGGUCACUGCAUGGGUCGGUUUUCGUAGCAGUGACUGAAAGCAUGGCUUUGUUUUCGUAACAUUUGUGGCGGAAAUCUUGUUCUCACUGUCAUAUGCGAUUCGAAUUGUUAUUGAGCAUCUGCUCAAAAUGCCACGCGAGUGCUGUACGCCCUAUUGUAGGGGAAACUACGACAACGGUUUAAAAGUUAGCGUCUUUUCAUUCCCGUCUGAUGAAGCAUUAAGAUUGAAACGGAUCGCUGCAGUUCGUAGGAAUGACUGGGAACCCAGUAAACAGUUCGUUGUAACUGAAAAGCUUAACAUGGAGUCAGCAGAUUGUCCCGAAGUGAAGGAAGAAGUUGAAGAAGAGCAGUGUUGUAUUGACAUGAGUUCUCCAUGGAUCUCGUGCGGAGCAGUGGCAGCUGGUGAACCGCUAACGGACCCUCUGUCUCUCGAAGGAGGGCAGGCAGGUGGCAGUGCGGGAGGCCAGGCAGAGAUUUCCUCAGGAGCAUUAGCUGCCGUGCAACAGUUUGCAGACAAUUUAAUUCCUCACGGACGCCAGGCAAAUAAAGAUGCAGGCAGAGAAGGAAGGAGUACCUUAAAAGUCAAAGAAACAAGAUCUGAUGGAACUCCUGAAGUAUAUAAAAACGUGGGGAAAGAGGUGAGGAGUAUGUUAGAAGUCAAGGACAUUAAAGUGGAGGGAACAUGUCAAUUGCAGGAGGCCAAUCACGAAACACACUUCACCAUGAGUUCAGUGAAGCAAGAACACGGCAGACAAACUGACCACGGCUUGUACCCUGACACCGUGACACCGAGACUUCGAAUGACUACCACUCUGGCUGAGAGUGCAAAGUCCGGAGAUGACGGGCCACAGUGGAGAAGCCCGCACUCGCGUCCUCCGGACAUUCUCACACUGUCGGACGUUGGCAGGGCACGUGACGACGUUUCCCACGGCAGUGCAGAAGAGCGAGAGUCUCUCGGGCAUCCCGAGGUGGCACUGGGUCAGUCCUCCGUGCAGUGCGGCGACACGCCCGGUCCGAAUGCCGAUCCGGAUGCCCAAACUGGCGACGGGCAGUACUUCUGUACCGACUGCGGCAAGUCGUUCGGGAAGCUGGUGUACCUCAAAGUCCACGCGCGCAUCCACGCGGGCAGGCAAUCCUACAGCUGCGAGUCCUGUGACAGGGUGUUCACGACGUUUGCCCAGUGGCAGACCCACUCGCUCGUGCACACGGGCGAACGGCCGUACGGCUGCUCGUCCUGCGAGAAGGGGUUCCGGACGAAGGCGAAGCUCAUGUACCACGAGCGCUCGCACCACGGCGAGCGGCCGUUCCCCUGCACCGUGUGCGGGCUGUCCUUCAGGACCCAGGUCAACUUCAGGCUCCACGUGUGGACGCACACUGGAGACGGACCCGGAUCCCCCGAGAGCUCUCGUGCGGACUCUGCCUCGUUCGCGUGCUCCGUCUGUGGGACGUCGUUCAAGUCGAAGACAAAACUGACGUACCAUUUACGCACCAGCUGUCUCUUAGGCACGUACACACCUCUCCUGGAAUUGUGUCGCAACGGUGACAGUGAGUUUGUGGAUACCUGAUCGUAGAGUGAGGACAACUGCUAUUGAAAAGAAGUGACGGUGUAAGUGCUUACAUGGUCUGUGACCGUUUAGUGGUCACUAAACUACAGUUGGCAGGCUCCGUCAUGUGUGAUUGCCAAUUAAAAACAGUAUCGACAAGAGUGCUAAAGCCAUUUUAAAUGUGUGUACAGUUUUUUUUUUAUGAAGAUGAACUUUAUUUUAUCACAUUAAUGGCGAGUUUUGGCCUGUGGCAUUGGUGAGUGUGUGUUAUAUUAAAAACUAUUUAUUGCUGUGUGGAUGGAGAGGUUCCCACACAUACAUAAAAAAUCUGCACAUGCUGCUGCAUGCUGUAAACUGGAAUGUGUUGUUUAGCAUGUCAUAUAACUGGAUUGGUGACAGAUUGCUUCCACAUCCUUGCUUAAAGUAUUUAACAGCACAACUUGUCCUUUCACUCAUGGCCGUGCAGUUCUAGGCGCUACAGUCUGGAACCGAGCGACCGCUGUGGUCGCAGGUUCGAAUCCUGCCUCGGGCAUGGAUGUGUGUGAUGUCCUUAGGUUAGUUAGGUUUAAUUAGUUCUAAGUUCUAGGCGACUGAUGACCUCAGAAGUUAAGUCGCAUAGUGCUCAGAGCCAUUUGAACCAUUUGAGCCUUUCACUCACAUGGAUGUAAGUAAGUGUUUCUCUCUCUCUCUCUCUCUCUCUCUCUCUCUCUCUCUCUCUCUCUCUCUCUGUCUGUGUGUGUGUGUGUGUGUGUGUGUGUGUGUAGGAACAGUGGUAUGUUUCCAUGAAGCACUAAAUAAUUUCAAAUACAGUAAAACUCCGCAUUUAUGUUCCCAGAAUUGACAUUUUCCUGCCAUUUACGACAUUUUUUAUCGAUCUGCUCAAAUUUACAAUGUUCACAAUGUUAAUUUGCACAUUGAUUUUGCGUCUACAUCUUUAUAAUUUUCCCGCGGUAUAUGCAUUACGAAAAAAUGUUUGUGGAGAAAAAAUGACGCUGGCACGAUCUUGGCCGUCCAGCAGUGUUCACAAAUAUUCAGUGGUUAAGUUUCUUGACACGAGGCCAUUAAACUCAGUAGAUUUGAACCGGUAAACGUGUAAAAGUUGGAACAAUGCGUGCCGUAUCUCCCGCCGCUGCCAAGCUCAACUCUUGGUGUGGUGGCUGAUAGGAGUAGCUCGGUUCGUUCGAAUGAAGAUAUCGUGACCAAUCACAGCCAUUUCCAAACUGUCUCUACUGCGCAAACACAGUUUCGUGAUUGUUGUGAUCAUUGUGACACCUUUGUCGAACCAUAUUUUAGCGUGUUUCGCCGUAUGGCCACUUGGAGUGCAAGUUGACACCAUCAUUGUGUUGCUCAAAUGUUUUUAGUUUAAACACAGCACCACCUAUGCAUUUUAUUCACGCUGUGCAAAACGUGUUUUGAGAAUUUAUUCUCGUUGCCAAGUGCAGUAUUUACAUAUGUAUUUUUUGUGAUGUUACACAGACAAACAAUGUGAGUGAUAGUUUGCAUGUGUGUGUGGUUUUCUACAUAACUGAUGACCACAGCACCUGACAAUCUCAAAAAGAUGA